UCACCCACCAGACUCUCAUUCUCCCCAGACGCCGAGGCUAGGGUCAUGGCGCCCCGAACCCUCCUCCUGCUGCUCUCGGGGGCCCUGUUCCUGACCGAGACCUGGGCGGGCUCCCACUCCAUGAGGUAUUUAGUCGCCUCCGUGUCCCGGCCCGGCCGCGGGGAGCCCCGCUUCAUCGCCGUGGGCUACGUGGACGACACGCAGUUCUUGCGGUUCGACAGCGACGCCGCGAUUCCGAGGAUGGAGCCGCGGGCGCCGUGGAUGGAGCAGGAGGGGCCGGAGUAUUGGGACCGGGAGACACCGAGAGCCAAGGCCGCUGCACAGACUGACCGAGUGAACCUGCGGACCCUGCUCCGCUGCUACAACCAGAGCGAGGCCGGUGAGUGACCCCGGCCCGGGGCGCAGGUCACGACCCCUCCCCAUGCCCCACGGACGGCCCGGGUGGCUCCCGAGUCUCCGGGUCGGAGAUCCACCCCGAGGCUGCGGGACCCCCCCCUCCCCCCAGACCUUCGACCCGGGAGGGUCCGGGUUUCAUUUUCAGUUUGGACCAAAAUCCCCACGGGUUGGG